AAGUUUCUUCCAAACCUCCGAACACUUGCAAUAGAUUCCGGCAAUGAUUCUCAGUGGCUUAGAGGGAAUCCAUGGAUGUCACGUGGUAGCAAUACCAUACCCGCGUCGUGGCCACAUCAACCCAAUGAUGAAUCUAUGCACCCUUCUCGCUUCAAAAGGCUUAACCGUCACUUUUGUAGUCACCGAAGAAUGGCUCUCCUUGCUCGGAGCUGGAUCUGGAUCAGGAUCAGGAUCGACUCCAAACAUACCCAACAUCCAGUUUCGCACCAUUCCAAAUGUAAUCCCAUCGGAGCUUACUGGUGGGUCGGAUUUUGUUGCCUUCUUUGAGGCUGUUUCCACGAAGAUGGAAGCUCCAUUUAAUCAGCUUCUUGAUCAACUCGAACUGCCCGCAACUUGUAUUAUAGCAGACACUUUCUUGGCAUGGGCAGUUGCCGUAGGGAACCGGAGGAAUAUUCCGGUGGCUUCGCUCUGGCCGAUGUCUUCUUCAAUGUUUUCAUUUCACUAUCAUUAUCACCUCUUUGUUGCUAGCGGCCAUCUACCAUUUCAAAUUGAUAACAUCUCAGAGAAGAAAGAUGAGAUCAUAACUUACAUCCCAGGAAUCCCUGCAAUACGCCUAGGAGAUCUGGCAUCCAUUUACAUGUGCAAGAAUGAAAUUAUGAAGAUAGUAUUAGAAGCCUUCUCUUGGGUAACCAAAGCACAAUUCAUUAUCUCUACUUCCUUCUAUGAGCUUCAAGCCCAUACGAUUGACACCUUAAGGAAAACACUUCCAAUACCCAUUUACCCAAUAGGUCCUUCCAUCCCUUUCAUGGCACUUCAAGACAGAGUCACACCCUCUGAGACCAGAAAUGGUAGUAAUUCUGUGGAUUACCUCAAGUGGCUGGACUGUCAACCCAAAAAUUCUGUCUUGUAUGUCGCUUUUGGUAGUUUCUUAUCUACGUCGGCCUCACAAAUGCAUGAAAUUGCACUUGGGUUGCAGAGCAGUGGGGUUCGAUACUUGUGGGUUGCUCGUAGUGAAGCCCUCAACUUGCAGGAAACUUGUGGUGAAAUGGGAUUAGUAAUACCAUGGUGUGACCAAUUGAGGGUCUUAUGUCAUUCCUCGGUGGCAGGGUUCUUGACACAUUGUGGAUGGAAUUCAAUACUAGAAGCCAUUUACUCAGGGGUUCCAAUGCUCACUUUUCCUCUGUUUGUUGACCAACCUCCUAACAGUACUUUGAUUGUGGAAGAGUGGAAGAUCGGCUUGAGGGUGAAAGAAGAGACUGGAGUGGGAAAAGUGGUUGGAAGAGAUAAGAUUGCUCGCAUUGUGCGAAGGUUGAUGGAUGGAGAAGGAGUACUACAGCUGAGGGAAAGAGCUAAAACACUUCAGAGUUCUUGUCAAAGAGCUAUUGAGAAGGAUGGAUCUACUUUCCAAAACCUCCAUGCUUUUAUAGGAGAUCUUGUAAGGAAUAGCAAUCUUGAAUUUGCUAAUGAAAGAACUUAAUUGGUUGGGUUCUGGUCACAUUUCACUAGUGAGGUUAUCUGUAUCAG